GGGGGCGCGCAGCCGGGAGUGUUUGACGUGGCAGUUCCCAGCCCAGCUGCAACUCCGCGCUUAAGACGAGCCUGUGGGGACACCCGGCCGGGGGAAAGGCGCGGCGGAAGAAGCAGCCGCUGCGGGAGCUGGGUCACCCGGAGCAACCCGCAGUAGGCGCGGAGCCGCAGGCUCUCGGAAGCCCCGCAGCGUGCGGGAGCGGGACCAGAGUUCUUUUGUAGAACUAUCGUUUGGAAUGAUAUUUUCAUGAUGAGUCAACAAGGUUAUGUGGCUACACCCCCCUAUUCUCAGUCCCAGCCUGGAAUAGGCCUUUCUCCCCCUCACUAUGGGCACUAUGGAGACCCAUCACAUGCAGUAUCUCCACAAGGUAUGAUGAAGCCAGCAGGGCCGUUGGGGGCUGCUGCUCCUGGGGCGAUGCUGCCUCCUGGCCCUCCACCUUCUGGACCCCAUCAGUUUGGCCAGAAUGGAGCUCAUGCCUCAGGUCAUCCUCCCCAAAGAUUUCCGGGCCCUGUCCCUGUCAACAGUAUGACAUCUUCUUAUGCACCCUACCAACCCUCCACACAGUCCUCUUAUUCAAGUCCUAUGUCCACUUCAUCCGUCACCCAGCUGGGUAAUCAGCUCAGUGCUAUGCAAAUCAGCAGCUACGGUUCGGGCAUGGCUCCUCCCAACCAGGGGCCCCCUGGUCCUCUGUCAGCCUCAGCAUUCCAGAGUUCUCCACGCCCUCCACAGCCAUCUAUUUUGCAGCCUGGAUCUCAAGUUCUCCCACCACCACCCACCAUGAUAAAUGGCCCUGGUGUCCCACCUUUGCCUCCGCCAACUCCGUUCAGGCAGGAUGGGCUCCCUGGGCCUGCUGCUCCGAGUGUACAGUACCAGCCCCCACCUCUUCCUGGCCAGGGCCUGGGUGCUGGAUACCCUCCACAGCAGGUAGCUAACUCUGGCCCCCAGAUGGCAAGCACGCAGCUUUCCUACCCAGGAGGCUUCCCUGGAGGUCCUGCACAGAUGGCUGGUCCACCACAGCCCCCAAAGAAGCUGGAUCCUGACUCUGUCCCCAGCCCUAUCCAGGUGAUUGAGAAUGACAGAGCCACACGAGGGGGCCAAGUUUAUGCCACCAACACCAGAGGCCAGGUGCCUCCCCUGGUCACGACAGACUGUGUGAUACAAGACCAAGGCAAUGCUAGUCCUUGGUAUAUCAGAUGCACCACAUACUGUUUCCCCUGCACAUCAGAUAUGGCUAAGCAAGCUCAGAUUCCACUAGCUGCUGUCAUCAAACCUUUUGCCACGAUUCCUUCAAAUGAGACUCCACUUUUCUUGGUAAAUCAUGGAGAGAAUGGACCAGUCAGAUGCAACAGGUGCAAGGCCUACAUGUGCCCAUUUAUGCAAUUCAUUGAAGGCGGAAGAAGGUAUCAGUGUGGAUUCUGCAACUGUGUGAAUGAUGUUCCACCAUUCUAUUUCCAACAUCUGGACCACAUUGGAAGGAGACUGGACCACUAUGAGAAGCCAGAGUUAUCUCUAGGAUCUUAUGAAUAUGUUGCUACUUUGGAUUACUGCAGAAAGAAUAAGCCUCCCAACCCACCAGCCUUUAUCUUCAUGAUUGAUGUUUCAUAUAGUAACAUAAAGAACGGACUUGUCAAGCUUAUAUGUGAAGAACUAAAGACCGUGCUGGAAAAACUUCCAAAGGAAGAACAAGAAGAGACGUCUGCAAUUCGAGUUGGUUUUAUCACAUACAACAAAGUUCUCCAUUUCUUUAAUGUAAAGAGUAAUUUGGCCCAGCCUCAGAUGAUGGUGGUGACUGAUGUUGGAGAAGUCUUUGUUCCUUUAUUGGAUGGUUUCCUUGUCAACUAUCAAGAAUCCCAAUCUGUGAUUCACAAUUUGCUGGACCAGAUUCCAGAGAUGUUUGCAGACUCUAAUGAAAAUGAGACUGUCUUUGCGCCUGUCAUACAGGCUGGCAUGGAAGCACUAAAGGCAGCAGACUGUCCUGGGAAGCUGUUCAUCUUCCAUUCUUCCUUGCCGACUGCUGAAGCACCAGGCAAGCUCAAAAACAGAGAUGACAAAAAACUGGUCAAUACAGACAAAGAGAAGAUACUUUUCCAGCCCCAAACUAAUGUCUAUGACUCACUGGCCAAGGACUGUGUGGCUCAUGGCUGCUCCGUGACGCUCUUCCUCUUUCCCAGUCAGUAUGUGGAUGUGGCCUCUCUGGGACUUGUUCCACAGCUCACUGGAGGAACCCUUUACAAAUACAACAAUUUCCAGAUGCACUUGGAUAGCCAACAAUUUUUGAACGACCUCAGAAAUGAUAUUGAAAAGAAAAUAGGCUUUGAUGCUAUCAUGAGGGUUCGUACCAGCACAGGAUUCAGAGCCACUGAUUUCUUUGGUGGAAUUUUUAUGAACAAUACCACUGACGUGGAAAUGGCGGCCAUUGAUUGUGACAAGGCAGUGACUGUGGAGUUCAAGCAUGAUGACAAACUCAGUGAAGACAGUGGAGCCUUAAUCCAGUGUGCUGUGCUCUACACGACAAUCAGCGGUCAAAGAAGACUUCGGAUUCACAAUCUUGGCCUGAACUGCAGCUCCCAGUUAGCUGAUCUUUAUAAGAGCUGUGAGACAGAUGCCCUUGUCAACUUCUUUGCCAAGUCAGCUUUUAAAGCAGUUUUACAUCAGCCUUUGAAGGUUAUCCGGGAAAUUCUUGUAAAUCAGACUGCCCAUAUGUUGGCGUGUUACCGAAAGAACUGUGCAAGUCCGUCUGCAGCAAGCCAGCUUAUUCUCCCAGAUUCCAUGAAAGUAUUACCAGUAUAUAUGAAUUGUUUGUUAAAGAACUGCGUGCUGCUCAGCAGACCCGAGAUCUCAACAGAUGAGCGGGCGUACCAGCGGCAGCUGGUCAUGACCAUGGGUGUGGCCGACUCUCAGCUUUUCUUCUACCCACAGCUUCUGCCAAUACACACGUUAGAUGUCAAGAGCACAGUGUUCCCUGCUGCUGUUCGUUGCUCUGAGUCCCGUCUUUCAGAAGAAGGAAUAUUCUUGCUGGCUAAUGGUCUGCACAUGUUCUUAUGGUUGGGAGUGAGCAGCCCACCAGAACUGAUCCAAGGAAUAUUUAAUGUGCCGUCAUUUGCACAUGUCAACACAGAUAUGACUUUGCUGCCUGAGGUGGGAAGCCCACACUCGCAACAACUCAGAAUGAUAAUGAGUACCAUCCAACGAAAGAGGCCAUAUUCAAUGAAGCUCACAAUAGUAAAGCAGCGGGAGCAGCCAGAAAUGGUUUUCCGACAGUUCCUGGUAGAAGACAAAGGACUUUACGGAGGAUCAUCUUACGUGGAUUUCCUCUGUUGUGUUCACAAGGAGAUCUGUCAGUUGCUGAAUUAAUUGAAACUUCUCUAUCAUUGAUGUUUCAUUUCUAAGGAAAUCUCCUUCUUGGUGCCUAAUUUUCUAGAUGAUAAUAGGCUAGUUUUGAUUUCUUGCUCAUUUGCAGAAUAGCCUUCUGAGACAGCAUUUAGAACUUCAGCUUCGGUGCUCAGGUAUAAAGCCAAUGAAGGUACCAUUGUACCAUAAAGGGAACAGUCUAUUUCUGAUUGCACAAUUUUGAAUUUUUAAAACUGAUGCAGAUUGCAUUUCAUGAAAGGCAAAGUUUACAGAACCUUAAACAUUCUCAAUUUUCUUUCCUUGUGCCAGACAUAAAUUAUUUUUCAAACUUUAUAGAUUUGAGGUAAAAAGUUGUCUUUGUUCCUCUCCCAUUUGCAGUGAGGAAAAAAAGCUUGAUUUUUACAUUACACUUAAUUUUUUUAAACCAUGUAACUCCAUUGAGCAAUUUUUUUUAAAUUAAGGUUUGAAUAGCAAACCUUAAAAUCAAUCUGGUAGAACAAUUUGUGUUCUGCGUUGUUUUUUUCAUAAUUAUAUAUUGUAUAUGUUAAAACUUUUUCCAGUUGUUUUGUCUAUAAAACUGUCUUUAUCAAUAUUCUUAAUGGUUCUUUGUACAAUUUUGAAGGUUUCUACCUGUAUAUAAUGGCUCUUAACUAGUAUCAAUAAAUUACUUCAUGUACUCUUA